GAUUAAAUAUGAUUAAUGAGAGUAUUUCGUUAGGUCGUGAUUCUACCAGCAGAUUAAAACACCCAUCGCAACAAAGCGAAGUUCCAGAUUCAGAUCAAUUAUUUUCAUCAACAAAUUAUGCACCGGUUAUUGAUGACGAUGAAAUUACUUUCAAAGAGAUUGUAGAAGAAUUUGCCGAAGAACACAAUCUAUUGUUUAUCCCAACUAAUAAAAUUCAUCAAGUCACAAGAAUGCCACUUUAUCGUAUUGGACGUACUACACAAGGUUUUGGCGGGUUAAUCAUGUAUUUAGAUGAUGAUGUUAUGUAUGUUAAGCAAGGGCUUGAAUGGCUACCUAUGGGAUUCGAUGAGAUACUAGAGAAACUAUAG